AUGGCUAGAGUACUCCCUUCCGGCUGUGGGGUCUGUGGUCAACAGAAUGAUCUUCUUCAAUGCGCUGGGUGUAAGGUGCUGCUAUAUUGCGGCCGUGAUCACCAAGUUGCUCAUCGCCCAUCACACAAAUCUGCUUGCAGCGCCCUCCGAAGGGCUCGCAAAGAAGAGGAAGCCCUGCGUAACCAUCCAGGAGAUUUUGCGUUACCAGAAGACCCUUUCACCAAUGGCGUCGGACAUUUCUGGGGUUUAUACGACACCCGUGAUUAUAUGCGAGCUCGGUUUGCACUCGUCGACGCAAUGACCAAAAUCAACAGUACCGAGUCUGUUGAGGCGCAGCUUGGCCACCUCAUGGAUAUGUUGCGUCUGUGCCGAAGCGAUAACAUGGGCGUGCGAGAUCUCGUCCCCGCACUGAUGCUGCGGCUCAACAAAGACCAAGAAUGUUAUGAUUUUAUCAAGUGGUGGUUCAUCGUGGGUGACGACUCGCAUUUCGAUUGGGGAGACAUGUCUCUUCCAUACCUCGAUAUCAAAGACGCCGACGUUUUCGAGCCUGUUGAUCGUUUCCGUGGCCAAUUCCGUGAUCUCAGCCACCUUUCUUCUCUCACCCUCUUGAAGAUAAAGCUGCUCCUUGACCUCUCGAGGUUGGAACAGUCUUCUUCCAGUCUCGGUAUAAGUGUUCCUCGCGAAAUUCUUGAUAUGAUUCACUCGUCAGUGCCCCACAGCCCCGCCGACUUGAAGGCACAGAUCGAUGCCUUAUAUGGGGAAGUCCACAAAGCAAAUAAGUUUUUUUGGCUCGCCCUCAUCAAUCCAAGCAAACAUACGGGACGCCCAAUGGCAUAUUCACGCGGGAGCAUGGAGGAAACGCAGCUAAAUGUAUGCUACAACUACGAUGCGUGGAUUGAGACUCCCGGUGCCAUGGAUUUCAUCAAGGCAAAGGUUCAUGGUGAUAUUUAA